AUGGAACCACGGAACCUCACAUGGGGAUCCGAGUUUGUCCUCUUAGGGCUCUCCCAGACCCAGGAGCUCCAGAAAUUCCUGUUCCUGGUGUUCCUCCUUGUCUAUGUCAUCACUGUCGUGGGAAACCUCCUUAUCAUGAUCACGGUGACUUUUGACUUCCGGCUUCACAUGCCCAUGUAUUUUCUGCUUCAGAAUCUGGCUGUCAUAGACCUCUGCUAUUCCACGGUCACUUCUCCGAGGAUGCUGGUGGACUUCUUCCGUGAGACCAAGACCAUCUCCUACCAGGGCUGCAUGGCCCAGAUCUUCUUCUUCCAUCUCCUGGGAGGUGGGACCGUCUUCUUCCUCUCCGUGAUGGCCUAUGACCGCUACAUUGCCAUCUCCCGGCCCCUCCACUAUGCUACCAUCAUGAAUACUCGGCUGUGUGUGGGGCUGGUGGUGGCUGCUUGGGUAGGGGGCUUUGUCCACUCCAUUGUCCAGCUGGCUCUGAUGCUUCCGUUGCCUUUCUGUGGCCCCAAUGUCCUGGAUAACUUCUACUGUGACGUCCCACAAGUGCUGAGACUCGCCUGCACGGACACAUCUCUCCUAGAGUUCCUCAUGAUCUCCAACAGCGGGCUGCUGGUCCUGGUCUGGUUCCUCCUCCUCCUGGCUUCAUACACGGUCAUCCUGGUGAUGCUGAGGUCCCACUCGGGACAGGCCCGGAGGAAGGCAGUGUCCACCUGCACCACCCACAUCAUCGUGGUGUCCAUGAUCUUCAUUCCCUGCAUCUACAUCUACUCCCGGCCCUUCACGCCCUUCCCCAUGGACAAGGCUGUGUCCAUCAGCUACACCGUCAUGACCCCCAUGCUCAACCCCAUGAUCUACACCCUGAGGAACCAGGAGAUGCAGGCGGCCAUGAAGAGGUUAGGCAGACACCUAGUGAUGUGCAACAGGGAGUGA